AUGAGGAGCGGGAAUUUAAUUUGGGCUAAUGAUAUAAGCACCUCGUUCCGAACUGAUCGCCAAGCAGGAAGUUUUCGACAUCGUAUGGAUAUGCAAGCCGGUGAAACUUGGAAGUUAAAUCAGGAUUUUCUACUUGGGAAUCUACAAGACUUUUCCCAAGAUAUGCGUCAUUUGCCGAUCGAGGCAGCCUUUGAUAUUCGUGCCCCGAAUGGCACACAUAUCGUGAUAUUUGUCAACCGAGUCAAAGCACCACAGGCUUUCUCCUGGACAUGCAACCCAGAUCAACUUAUGGAUGAAAACCCGCGAUUCCGUUGUUUGAGAAAGUCCCCACUGUAUUUUGGCCCGACAUCGGACUCGCGGAUCAGUUCCGAAACCAAUCUCCGACUGAACAAGAUAGCAAUGCAAGACCCGAGCUCGAUUAUUGACGGUCGACAUACAUUGUUCGAGGUGUAUGAGAAAUGGAGUAUAUCCGCCUAUUCACCACCGUGUCCAAAAGUGCGUCGAUUCUGUGACGACACGGUUGGUUUGCCAAAAACAGAGAAAGCAAUGGAAUGGCAACGACAUUUCAAUUUCCGCUAUCCCCGUGCCGUGAUUCGUAUCCUUCUACCAUCCAUUUUGGAAGAANUUGGAAGAACCACCAAAGAUGAAUCUGACCCGUAA